CACACACACACAUGUGGUGAUAUAUUAAUGAAAUCCAAAGAUGUUAAAAAGAUCGAAUCAAGAUCGAUUCCCAGUUGUGUCUUCAUGGAGAUAAGAGACGGCAACAAGCCGGCAGAUGAAAAAGUGAAUGAUGGAUACAGAUGCAGGAGGAGGGAUGAAGAGAUAGAGAGUCAAAUGAGGAGGAGCAACAACAGUGGGAGAUAUGCCUCAGAUUAUCAACCAGUGUCAGAUGCUCUAGGGACAGAUAAAGAGGACGAGUGGACCAGAGUGUGACAGGAGGGAGAGAGCGAGAAAGAGAGAGAGAGCGAGAGAGAGGACGUGCAUGCAAGCUGGGCUGCAAAGAUGACUGAUGUGAAAAGCGUAUCGUCCGUGGAACCGCAAGAUGGGAAGUUAAUGAAGAAGGGCUCCAUCAAGAAGAAGAUCGACUCGUUCCGGCGAUGGAGUUCAGCCAGUAUAAAGAGGCCUCCGAAGCAAAAGACCAAGACCAUGAGUCUGUCCUCCCCGGUGGGAAAUCCUGACGACCUCUGGCUGCAAGAGGGAGACAGGAGUAGGCUGCGACCCAUCGUGGACUCUGUCUUUGGGCAGGGGGUGUCACCCGUAGAAAGCAGCAGCUCCCCAUUGGCUGCCGCCAUGUUGGGGGACCUGGGUGGUGCCGAUGAGUUCGACACAGACGACGAGGACGAAGAAGGCAGCGAGCGGGAGUUUAAUGAGCCCCUGUGCGCUCUGGUUAAGAACUGCAACGUGCUGCACAACAUAGUGGGGCCUGCUUGUAUCUUCCUUAGACAGGGCUUCUCACAGAGCCAGCUUGACAGAGAUCUGAGACCAGAGGAAAUGGAAGAGCUGCGUGAAGCCUUCAGGGAGUUUGACAAAGACAGGGAUGGCUUCAUCAGCUGUAAGGACCUUGGGGAGUGCAUGAGGACAAUGGGAUACAUGCCGACAGAGAUGGAACUGAUCGAACUCAGCCAGCAGAUCUGUGGUGGCAGAGUGGACUUUGAGGACUUUGUGGAACUGAUGGGUCCAAAGAUGCUGGCAGAGACUGCUGAUAUGAUUGGAGUCAAGGAGCUGAGGGACGCCUUCAAAGAGUUUGACUCCGAUGGCGAUGGACAGAUCAGCCUUGGGGAGCUCAGAGAAGCCAUGAAGAAGCUGAUGGGGGAGCAGCUCAACCACCGAGAGAUCGACGAGAUCCUGCGAGAUGUGGACCUCAAUGGGGACGGACAGGUGGACUUCGAAGAGUUUGUGCGGAUGAUGUCUCGCUGACUCUUCCCGAAACAUCACUAUGCUGCACUGAAGUCAACAUGGACCAGCCUGCACACUUUAUGUUCUUGUAAUUCUUGAUGUGAAAACUUCUUGAUGUCUGUAUCUUUAUCAGUUACCUCCAUCAUCUCUCAAAUAUAAGAGAAUCCCUUCAAUGUGUUAACUGUUGUAUGAUAGUAAUAUGUAUUUUAAUAUGUAAUGAGAGAUUAUAGAGUGUUGAGUCAGCAAAGAAAUGGUUUAACCAAAGCUGUAGGGCUUAUUUACAUUUGAAUAUACUGCAUUUCAACUGAGAAUCCCAUGCAGCAACACUAUUUCUAUUUGUUAGAUUACAUAAGGAACUUAGUGCAUCAGUUCACACAAUAUUUUAAAAGUAUAUCACCUUCCCCAACUUGCUGCUAGUUGUCCCUUACCCUAUCCCUAGCUUGAGCUUUAGUUGCCAUGUCUGAGAUUUCUGUCUCCACUGUUAGAAACAGAUGGAAUUUAGUUUGUUGUGUUCAUAACAUAGAAAAAUAUAUAACUUUAAAAACCCAGUUAAAUAUAACAAAUAAUAUGUAUAGUAAGAUUUAUCUAUUUAUUUAUUUUUGUAAUUUAAAUAAAUAUGCAAUUUAUGACACUUGAAUCCGAAAUAAGAUGUAAGGAUGUGGGUUUAUUAUCAGAAUUUGAAUAAUAUCACGUUUAAAGUCUUUAAUUCAAACUUGAAUCUAACUGUUUGACUGUGACUUUGAUACAUCAUUGUAGUAUAGAUAGUGACAAUCAAUUUUGGCUUUAAAUACAGCAAAAUACAUUAUAUAUCUAUAAACUUGUAUAUCCACUAACCACAUACACACAGAGCAUAUCAAUUACUUUCGGCAUUAGGCUAGACUCUGAUUUUUGGUAUAAUUAAACCGAUGAAGAAAUAAGAUUAUUCUAACAGAAUCAUUUUUGAUGUCUGCUACACAUUUGCGCAUAUCAGGUUCAUUCCAUAUUCCUGUUUUCUUAUUCAGGUGGGAAUCAUUGACAGAGGCUGUCUCCAAGUACACGUUACUUUAUGCAAAAACAUGUACAUUUAAUAUUUUAUCUAUACAGUGUUCUACAGGUCAGAUCUUUAAAAUGCACUGUAAAUAUAAAAGGUGAAUAACAGUGUUAAUAAAUUACUUUUAUUGUCUAGAUA